AUGCCCAUUACCCUGCGAUUUCUUUCUUCGUAUAAAAUUACCUGGUCGGUGUAUCCUCUCACUAAAGCACGAAGGGGAUCCGUGUUGAAAACCUCGCAUGGCGGGCAUUACUCGGUUUAUGCCGUAAUUAAAUCUGAUCAUACAAAACUGCACAUUAGAGCAGAGCAUAAUGUUAUAUCUACUAGCACUUAUGAUGAUCCACGACAUGUGAAGGCGAUGCAGCUGGAUAUGUCUGCAGUAUGUAAUCGUGCGCCUUGCGUGCUAUCAAAUUUAUUGGCAGAAUUCAAAACCCAACGCCCAUACUACAUGAUACUAGCUGUAGGUACUCUAGACCGUAUGGCCAUGCAUGUACCCCAAUCGGAGGGCGUAAAUCUGCGCGAUAAACGAUACUUUGUUCCGAAGGUCGGACCACAGUAA